GCGUUUUCUCUUUCACAACAACAUGGACUCCACGCACAGAACUGACUCCCCGUUUCUCUCUCCCCAUCUCUCUCUCUCUCUCUCUCUCUCUCUUCUUUCUCUCUCCACAUCCACCACUCAUCCAUUCACAUUCACUCCCCUCUCCAUCUCCCUCUUUCUUUCACCUUUUCAUUUUUCGUUUUUCUCCUUCUUCCACAACAUCUUCCAUUUUUCUGCUACACAUUCAAAAACUUUCAAUUACACCAUUUCCCCCUUUAUCCAUUAAGAUCUUGUCACUGCCACAACAAUUUUCGGUAUGUCUCUCAAGAUCUGUCUAGGAGUGGAGCUUGAUUUGAUCAUAGGUAUCAAGGAAUAAGAGUUUAUUCUUGACACUAAGUGAUAGGGUUUUUUCAAAUGCUAAAUUUUGUCAGGUCUAGAACUCAAGCAAGGACAACCAGACCUACAGCAAUGGGAAGUAUGGAUUAUGCAGACCCAAAAAGGAAGGGCAAUUUGGUUGGAAAAGUUUUUCUCGCUGCUGCAUUAACGACAAUAUGUAUUUUCAUGAUCAAGCGAUCUCCAUCGUUGUAUUCCCCUAAUCCGUUUGCCGUCCACGAACCUGGGAUCACUCAUGUUUUAGUAACAGGUGGAGCAGGCUUUAUUGGCUCACAUGCUACUCUUCGACUUCUGAAGGAAAAUUAUCGUGUCACCAUAGUAGACAAUCUGUCACGAGGAAACUUGGGUGCCGUCAGGGUUCUUCAAGACUUAUUUCCAGAACCCGGAAGGCUUCAAUUUAUAUAUGCUGACUUGGGAGACCCAAAAUCGGUUAAUAAAAUAUUUCUGGAGAACAAAUUUGAUGCCGUCAUGCACUUUGCUGCUGUUGCAUACGUAGGGGAAAGCACUGUGGAUCCUCUUAAGUAUUAUCACAAUAUAACUUCAAAUACCUUGUUGGUAUUGGAAUCUAUGGCUAAACAUGAUGUGAAGACAUUGAUAUAUUCUAGUACUUGUGCAACAUACGGAGAACCCGAAAAGAUGCCCAUUACAGAAGUAACACCGCAGGUCCCAAUUAAUCCAUAUGGGAAAGCCAAGAAGAUGGCAGAGGAUAUCAUUCUUGAUUUUUCUAAAAAUUCAGACAUGGCAAUAAUGAUUCUCAGAUACUUCAAUGUGAUUGGAUCGGACCCUGAAGGAAGAUUGGGCGAGGCUCCAAGACCUGAAUUGCGAGAGCAAGGUCGAAUAUCCGGUGCCUGCUUUGAUGCAGCUCGUGGUAUUAUUCCUGGCUUAAAGGUUAGAGGAACAGACUAUAAGACGCCCGAUGGAACUUGCAUACGAGAUUAUAUCGAUGUAACAGACCUGGUUGAUGCUCAUGUGAAAGCUCUCGAAAAGGCACAACCUGCUAAAGUUGGUAUCUACAAUGUUGGCACUGGAAAAGGUAGCUCAGUGAAGGAGUUUGUUGAAGCUUGCAAAAAGGCUACAGGGGUGAACAUUAAAGUAGAAUACCUCCCUCGUCGUCCCGGUGAUUACGCCGAAGUGUAUAGUAACCCAACGAAGAUCAACCGUGAACUGAAAUGGUCUGCACAUCGCACUAAUCUUGAAGAGAGUAUACAAACUGCAUGGAGAUGGCAGAAAUCUCAUCACGGCGGAUACGGGAUUCCAAAUGUAUAUUGAAAUAUUCCGAAUUCUGAAAUAGUAAAAGAUUAGAAGCAAUAGCAGCAGCAUCUAUGUUAUAUCUGCAUUUUCAUUUGCUAUAUUAGAUAUUAGAAAGAGAAUGAUAUUUUUUUGUUCUUCUUUCACUUAACAGUUAUUGGUAUAUAUAGUCCAUUCAUUAUAUGUGUUAUUAUUGACCAUAUAAUAUGAUUCAAUAAUAUAAUGCCGAGGCUUCUCCAA